CCGUGUCUCUUACGAGAAUUCCCCAGGGCUAUAAAAUAACACCUUCUGCUUCCCUGAGAGUUUUUAACGAUACAUUCCACCAUCAUAACCUAAGGCAUCAUAACGGGAAUCAAAUGGCUUCUUCAUCCUCAAUCAAGUCAGGCUUUCCUCCAACAUCCACUUUAAGUCCUAAUUAUGGGAUUGAACCUCUAACCGGCACUAACUUCGCGUCAUGGCGAGAUGCCGUUAAAUUAACCCUUGGAAUGAUGGAUUUAGACUAUGCUUUGAGACAUGAUCCUCCUCCUGCCCUCACUGAACAAAGCUCUCAAGAGCAAAAACGAGUGUAUGAACAGUGGGAGCGGUCAAAUAGAAUGUCUCUCAUGGUUAUAAAGAACUCCAUCUCGGUUGCCAUUCGCGGAGCCAUACCGGAUUCGGAAAAUGCAAAAGCAUACUUAGAAUCCGUUGAAGAGCAAUUUAAAGGCACCUCCAAGGCAUAUGCGAGCACUUUGAUUCUGAAGAUGUUGACUACAAAGUACGAUGGUGUGAGUGGUGUGCGUGAGCACAUCAUGAUGAUGAAUGACAUGGCCCAUAAACUUAAGGGCAUGGACAUGGAGAUUAGUGAGGGGUUUUUAGUGCACUUCAUUAUGACCUCUCUUCCCGCACAAUUUGGUCCUUUUAAAAUAAACUACAACACUCAAAAGGAAAAAUGGCAAAUGAGCGAACUCAUAGCUAUGUGUGUGCAAGAAGAGGAACGCCUAAAGAUUGAAAACCCCGUUGUUGCUCAUAUCACAACCACAAACACCGGGAAAAAGAAAGGCAAAUUUAAUAAUGGAGAUAGUUCCAAGGUCCAAAAGACAAAUGCAAAUGCAACUCCUGGCUCAAUCGCUCCUAAGGGUCUUUUUCGUUGUAAAUUCUGUCGUAAGAAAGGUCACAGCCAACGAGAUUGCCCAAAAUUCAAGGAGUGGCUAGCAAAGAAAGGGAUUCCAUUCAACCCGGAGGUUGGAAAGAAACCAAAGAACCAUUAAAGUCAGGAAUGGUGAUGAUCUAAAUGUUGAAGCCGUUGGUUCUUUGCAAUUAGUUAUGCAAGGCGGUUAUUGUAUUAACUUAUAUGAUACUCUUUAUGUACUGAGGAUGACUCGGAAUCUAGUAUCUGUACAAAAGUUAGACAAUGAAGGAUAUUAUGUAACAUUUGGUAAUAAUAAAGUCACUAUUCGUUUAAAUUCCG